AUGUAUUUAACUGACCCUUUUAUUAAAAGGAAAGAUGAUUUUGUGGUUGAAUUAACUAAGUUUAUUAGCCAACCCGACUUCACUACUCAAGGAGAGGAAAACAUUCGUCACUUUCUCCAUGAUUUAAUUGGUUAUUACGUGAUUAUGGAAGGGAUAUUUUUUUAUGCUGGGUUUGCCAUGAUGUUGGCCUUGAAGCGGAACAAAAAGAUGGAAGGAGUGGGUCAACAGUUUGAAUACAUUAUGCGCGAUGAGAGUUUACACUUGGCCUUUGGUUGUGGUUUAAUUAAUACUAUUACUGGAGCCAAACCACUUGAAUUUGCAGUUGAAUUAGAAAAAGAAUAUGCCCGCGAGGCUUGUCCAGAAGGAAUAGUUGGAAUUAAUUCUCAACAAUUUUGCGAGUAUGUCGAGUAUAUUGCCGACCGUCGAUUAGAAAGAAUUGGCUUGCCUAAAAUUUACGAGACAAAAAAUCCUUUUGACUGA